UUUUCAUGUUUUGCUCUGUUUCUUUUCAAUGCACCUGCUUAUUACGCUGUGGUUCAAUUCGAGGAUGUAAUCUACUCUACGCUCUCAACAAUAAUUUCAUUUACGAAUUGCUGCUCAUUAUUUUACCUUCUAUUUCUGAAGACGUGCACUGAUAAGACUAUCACUUGAGGAUUAUUACUAUUUAUUAUCAUCCGGUGUGUCAGAGUAGGCAGAUAGUUGUUACAUUGAAGAAUCUUCACGAUGACUGUCAACUUUAGCGCAUACGCUUAGAUUUCGACAUACGAUAUAAUAAUAGAAUAAAAAUAAUGUCUGGUGCUGGAUCAUCACCGGCACCUGGUGUCGAUAUGGACGAUAGUCGCUUCCGGAUUCGACCUUAUCAACAAAUACUAUCUUCCUGCAGUGGUGCGCUAGUUACCUCACUUUUUAUGACUCCGCUAGAUGUGGUGAAGACACGCCUUCAAACACAACAGAAAAUGAUGCUAUCGAACAAAUGCUACCUUUACUGUAACGGACUAAUGGAUCAUCUGUGCCCUUGUGGACCGAACGGAACCGUGUCCGCUUUUUCCAAACCGACAGUUCAUUUCAAUGGGACAGUGGAUGCAUUUGUCAAAAUCAGCCGGUACGAAGGAGUUAAUGCGCUUUGGUCUGGCCUGGGACCGACGCUAGUACUAGCCCUUCCCACCACCGUUAUCUAUUUUGUUGCGUAUGAGCAGUUUCGACUUCGCUUGAAAGAUUUCUGGAUGAAGAGUAAGGGCGCGAACUCGGAAAUACCGUUCUGGUUUCCUUUAGUAGCUGGCAGCUCUGCUCGCGUACUGGCCGUCUCCAUUGUCAAUCCGUUGGAGCUGGUUCGCACAAAGAUGCAAUCGGAGAAACUGAGCUAUAGCGAAGUGGGUCGAGCCGUUCGAGGCAUGCUCAAAUUUCACGGUAUUUUGGGCUUGUGGAAGGGAUUUUUUCCGACCAUACUACGCGAUGUACCGUUCAGUGGAAUCUAUUGGACAACUUACGAGACAUUUAAGAAGCGUAUCAAUGUGACACAACCGUCGUUCGGUGUCAGCUUCGUUGGUGGAGCAAUAUCCGGUGGUGUAGCAGCUUUUCUCACCGUUCCCUUUGAUGUGGUUAAAACCCACCAACAGAUAGAAUUUGGCGAAAAGUUCCUGUAUGCCGACAAUGGCGAGAAGAGACUACCGGUCAAAAGUACCGGAACCUUUGAGACGAUGCGAAGAAUUUACGUGAGUAACGGCAUUAAAGGUCUAUUUGCUGGACUAACGCCACGGCUGUUUAAAGUUGCACCGGCUUGCGCGAUCAUGAUAGCUUCGUUUGAGUACGGAAAGAAUUUCUUCUACACUUACAACGUUACUAGGUACCUGGCGAAACAUAGUCACAAGGAACAUGGCGAGGCCACGGGGUUACCCACCACAAAAUCAAACAAGCACUCAACCAUGGGAUAUUAGAACCUACCACACAAACGACUGGUCAACGAAUGAAUCUUCCAUCAUAAAUGGAUCACGGUUUGAACGGAAAAUCAAAUUUGAUUUGAUUUAUUUUGCUGUAAUAAACUUCGUCUUUAUUGUUUUAAA